AUGUUUCUGUAAUUUGUUUCAUUUCUGUAUCCUGUUCUUUCAUAUACAAGCUGAUAGAUACCAACGAACAGUCGUAUUAACAUGGUUGAAUUUUCAACAAUCACAAUAAUUUUAGCAUGGAUACUGUUAAAUCACAGAAAAAAAAUCAGUUUUAGACAUAACAAUGCAAAUUAUAGAAACUUAGCAUAUGUAUAUCAAGAUAACAAUGUACGUGCGGCAAUUGAAUUACUUAUAGUAAUGCAAGUGUAAAUGUGUGUUGCUUAUCUUUAAAAACAGAAAAAAAAUAUGCUUUAUUGGAGGCAAGUUGCCAACAGUAGUAACCCGAUGUUCAAAUUUCAUACAUCCAUUAAAAUAAUACAAAUUAAAGAAAAACAAACAACCGAGCAAAUUGUAUGAACUCCAAAGGGAGAGAGACCGGAAUCAUCAACAUACAGUCAAAAUAUUACAACAAAGAAUCGUUAAUUUUGCAUAUCGGACGAAUAUACUGGUAUCCGAAGAUCUAAGCUCACGUAAAUAUCGUCGUAAGUUGUACCGACAAAAUCGUAUCGAUCAACCAAUUAAGAUUGUGAUGUUAAACAGUUAAAUUGUUUUAGUGUUAAGCGUGGUGUAAUGUGAUGUUUUCUUCCACAGAUCUAUCAUGAUAUAUAUAUUAGAAGAUUUUAUAUGAUUGCCAAUGAGAUAACUCUCCACAAGAAACCAAAUGACACAGAAAUUAAAAACUUUAGGUCACCAUACAAUGUAAAGCGUAUGAUGUCAACUGAGGAUAAAACAGAAACUUUGUAUUAAUUAACAUUUGAAUUUUACAUUAAAUAACAACUUGUUUAACUUUAACAGCUAUUUAUUCCAGUACAUAUAACAAUACAAUACAGGAACCAAAGAAAAUUCCAGAAAUAGAUUGGAGUCGUCUUCUGUCCUGCCAUGAUUUUUUGGAUUGCAAUGACCGGGUGAUAAAUUAAUAGGACUACGAAAUGAAUGAACAGACCAUAUACAAUGCUCUCUGUGAAACAGCAUGGGAAAUUCAGCAAGUCCAAAAUUAACUGAUUUUUACUGCUAAUUGCUGAUCUUGCUUAUGACUAACUAUUCUGAUGCUUAGCAAAACCAUUUUAUUUAGACAUUCUUAUUGUUUUCUGGCUUUGUUUGUUUGUUCGUAUUGAUAUAUGUUUAUUUGGUUUACUUAUGGAGUUAGAAUGUUAAGAUGUUGGUUAAUUUAUUUCAUUUCGUUUUAUAAAUAACAUCCUUUAUAACAUUUCGUAAAUUUGCAGUUCAACUGAUAAGCAACAUUAGUCUUGAUGUCGACGGACAGCUAUCCGCCGUGGAAGGAGGAACAUUUCGUGUUAGGUGUGAGGCAACUACAGAGUCAGAUUAUAAUGUGACAUAUAGAUGGACAUUGAACAGCACAGAGAUAACAUCAUCCAGAUUUCGAAUUGAAUCCACAAAAAAUUAUUCAGAACUCUCAGUUAUAAAUGCGAAUCGGAGAGACAGAGGCAAUUUAACGUGCAAUGCAACUGUUUUAGAUGAAUCUGCAUUGUCAAGUGUUGCUAUUGUAGUUUUCACUCUAAGACUAAUAGCAAAUCCUGAAACAGUUGAUAAAGGAUCUGGGACUGAAGUUGUAUGUGAUCUCAUUCCCAAUACCCUCCAUCAGUUAGAUACUAACUUCACACUUUUCGGAAAUGACAUCAAUGCUGAAAGUCAAGACAAAUACCAACAUGGAGUAAAACUGAAUAUCACUGAGCUAAUGGACAGUACUACAAUUAGAUGUGAAAUGCAGCUUCAGAAUCAGUCAACAUUUACAAAAAACAUCCUUAUUACAGUUUUUGAUGAAGCUAUCCCAUUCUGUGCACCUGAAACAGACACAUAUACUUUUGGAACACACAAUAUGACUUGGAACGCGACAAACGUAGGCCUUACAGCAUUCUUGUCAUGUCCUGAAGGAUUUGAUGGGAUGGUUUCACGCAAAUGUAAUCAAAAAGGAAAUUCCGGAGUGUGGGGAUCAGCAAAUGUAACUAAUUGUGAAAGACGAAUCUUCAGAAACCUGAUAGAUCAACUAGAAAAUGUAAAUGAUGGAUUUCAAAAUGUGUCAAUCGAAGAGAUCCUGAGAACAUAUUCGAAUACUACAUAUUCCUUAAACAACCAGUCUUCGUUGAUCACUGGAGAUAUCAACAGUGGAGUUAUAAUUCUGGAGAAAACCACUGAUAUUUUCUCCUCAAAAAGUAGAAAUAUAUCAUUCUCAGAAACAGAGGCUUACUUGUCAGCUACAAAUACAUUAUUGUCAAGUGAUACGGCAACAGAUUUGUGGCAAGAGGUUGGAGAUAACAACGCAGCUAAAGUAAUGAAUAUAACAUCAACAUUUGCUGGUGUUGCAUUUAAUUCACUUCAAAACAACAAUAAAACAUUGAAAAUUUCAAGACCAUCUUUGGAUGUAGAAAUAAACCAAAACAACGAAGGAAACAUAACUUUCCACGCAUUUAAUCAACCACUUGGCAAGGACGACCGUCUUUUCCUAGAUAAGGAGAGCUUGAGAGAAAGAACAAAUACAACAGGAUACAUUGCAAUUCAUUAUAGUACAAUAGCACAGUUAUUGCCAAGGAAAACAAGUGUCGAUAAUCAGGAAAUUACAGUGAUAACGUCAGUUCUGUCACUGGCUCUACCAGGAAUCGACAUGCUUAGUUUGAAUCCACCAUUAUAUCUAUACUUCAAAUAUGAUCAGAUUCACGACGAAGGAGUUAGAUGCUCGUUCUGGAAUUACACUUUGGAGACAAAUGGUUUUUGGUCAGCAAACGGAUUAAAGACUGUUCAUCAGAAUAGUACCUAUACAGAAUGUACAAGUACUCAUUUGACAAACUUUGCUGUUUUAUUGAGUUUAUAUGAAAUACCAGAGAAACACGACGAGGUUCUUGCGAUUAUUACCCAAAUUGGUUGUUCAGUAUCCAUUGCUGCUCUUGUCGUAUUGUUAAUAAUAUACUUUAUGGAAUGGAGACAUGUUCCAACUGAUAAGUCAAAAAUUCUUGUCACUAUGGCCGUAGUGUUCCUACUAGCGUAUGUGGUAUUCUUAGCUGGAAUAGAAGGAACGGAGAAUAAGAUCGCUUGCAAGGUAGUAGCUGUUGUACUUCAUUUCCUAUUCUUGGUUGGUAUACAUAUGAUGGUUGCAGAAGGUAUUGUGCAUGGUAAAAUGCUGGCCACCGUAUCCAAAGAACCACGUUCAAUAUCACCUAUUUUGCUUCCAAUAGCGUGGGGAAUACCUGUUCUUAUUGUUGCGAUAUCGAUGGGAGUAACUAAACUAGAGGGAUACGGCGAUGGAAAGUAUUGUUGGUUAUCAACAAGCAAUGGACUAAUUUGGGCGUUUUUCGCUCCUUGUGCAGUAAUAAUUGUUUUCAUCAUUUCAUUGUGA